AUGAGUGUCCUUAGUUGGAAUUGCCGUGGGCUUGGGAACCCUCGGACCGUUCAAUUCCUUAAGGAUCUUGUAAUCCAAAAGAAGCCUAAUUUUAUUUUUCUUUGUGAAACUUUGUGUCGUAAGGAAGUUGUGGAAAGAAUUCGAGUUGCUAUUGGUUUUGAUGGUUUAUUUGCGGUUGAUGCUAUUGGGCGUAGUGGUGGUGUAGCUCUUCUUUGGCGGAAUAAUGGGGACAUUAAUCUUCUCCAUUUUGCUCAUAACUACAUUGAUGUUGAGGUUACUUCUUUCGAUCAAGGUGUGUGGCGGUUAACUGGUUUUUAUGGGGAGCCUAACCGUAAUGCAAGGGUGACUACUUGGGAUCAACUGAAAACAUUGGCUACUGCUUCUUCUUUGCCGUGGUGUGUCAUUGAGGAUCUUAAUAACAUCUUGUCUCAUGAAGACAAGCGUGGAGGUGUACCUUAUCCUAACUGGCUUAUUGAGGCUCAGUUGUUGAACCUGGAGUUGAGCUCCUCUGACCAUAGUCCUUUGUUGCUUAAUCUGGUUGGUCAGUCUCAUAUUUCUCGUCAUAAGCAGUUUCGAUUUGAGAACUUUUGGCUCCGAGAGCCUAUGUGUUUCCAAGUUAUCAAUGAUUGUUGGGUGGAGUCUACUUUGAGUGGUAUUCAGGAGAAGAUUCAGCUUUGUGGUAAUAAGCUUACAGAGUGGAACAGUGAUUAUUUGGGGAAAUUUCACUCUCGGUUGAAACAUUGGAAGAGUGAAGCAAGAAAGUUUAAAGCUGGGCGUGAUGAUAUGUCUUUGAGACGAUUUAAAGAUGCUGAGAAUAAUCUUUUUGAAGUGCUCAAUCAAAAAGAAAUUUUCUGGCGUCAAAGAUCCAAACAGUUGUGGCUUCAGGAGGGUGAUCAGAAUACGAAAUAUUUUCAUGCUACUGCUACCUCGCGCCGUCGCUCUAACUUCAUUCAUAAGCUUCAGAGAGAUGAUGGUACUUGGGCCGAUUGGGACAAUGGUCUUCCAGAUGUAAUAGCUGAUUAUUUCAAGACCCUCUUUUCUAGUGGGACGUGCAACUCCCUGAAUGUUACUAAUGGCAUUAGUCCUACGAUUUCUGAAGAUCAUAAUGUUGCUCUGCUCGCGCCAAUUACGGAUGAAGAAGUCAAAGAUGCUCUCUUUCAAAUGCACCCUGAUAAGUCCCCAGGUCCUGAUGGGAUGACUCCUGCUUUUUACCAAAAGUGCUGGCAUAUUGUGGGUAAGGAUGUGAUUAAGCAAGUUCGUUCUUUUUUUAUGUUUGGAUCCUUACCUGAGGGAUUGAAUCAUACUAAUAUUGUGCUUAUUCCUAAGAAGAAGAAUCCCUCUCAUAUGUCUGAUCUGAGACUGAUUGCCUUAUGUAAUGUCCUGUAUAAAGUGUGCUCUAAGGUGUUAGCUAACCGGUUAAAAGUUGCUCUUCCUCUGGUCAUUUCUGAUAAUCAGAGUGCUUUUAUUCCUGGAAGGCUCAUCACUGAUAACAUCAUGAUUUCCUUUGAAGUAAUGUAUUAUUUGAAAAGGAAAAGGCUUGGAAAGGAAGGUUACAUGGCAGUAAAGCUUGAUAUGAGCAAGGCAUAUGAUCGAGUUGAGUGGUCUUUUCUGUGUGAUAUGAUGCUUAAGAUGGGCUUCGAUAGCCGUGUGACUAAUCUCAUCUAUCAAUGUAUUUCCACGGUCACCUAUUCGGUCACUCAUGGUGGUCAUGAGUUGGAUCCUUUCACUCAUUCCCGCGGUAUUCGACAAGGUGACCCUCUCUCGCCUUACUUAUUCCUGAUUUGUGCUGAAGGAUUUUCAUCUCUUAUUAAGUCUUUUGAGGCUCGGGGAGAGUUGCAUGGUUGUAGGGUGUGUAAUGGAGCUCCGGUUAUCUCACACAUGCUCUUUGCGGAUGAUAGCUACUUGUAUUGUAAAGCUAUCGAAAAGGAAGCUUUGAAUGUUAUUAGAUUGCUGCAGUUAUUUGAACAAGCCUCUGGUCAGCAGGUGAAGUUUACCAAAUCCACCAUCUUUUUUAGUUCGAAUACCACAGAAUCUAUCAAAGCUAGAAUGUGUUCUCUUUUGGGUAUGAUUGAGGCCCCGCCAAAUAGUCUUUAUUUGGGUCUUCCUUGUACUAUGGGCCGGAAUAAAAAUGCUAUCCUUGGUUUCCUUAAGGAUAAGAUGGAAAAGAGAAUAUUAAGUUGGGAGGGUCGUCUUUUAUCUAAGGCUGGCAAAGAAGUUCUUGUGAAAACGGUUGCUCAGGCUCUUCCUUCAUAUGCUAUGUCAGUUUUUCUUCUUCCCGUUGAUACUUGUAACAAGCUUGAAGGGAUGAUGGCCAAGUUUUGGUGGCGGUCUGAUAGUUCAAAGUCACAUGGAGUUCAUUGGAAGAGUUGGCAACAUCUGACAAAGCAUAAGCAUUUUGGUGGUCUGGGCUUUAGAGACUUAAGAGAUUUUAAUCUCUCCAUGCUGGGUAAGCAAGCUUGGCGCUUGAUUGUUAAUAAGUCUUCUCUUGUAAGUCGAUUAUACAAGGCUCGGUACUUUCCCCGAGGCUCUUUCUUUACUGCUGAACUUGGUCACAAUCCAAGUUUCAUUUGGAAGAGCAUCUUUGAUACUCAGAAGCUUGUCUUAUCGGGUGUGCGUUACAAUAUUGGGCCUGGAACUUCUAUUAAUAUUCAACGAGAUCCCUGGUUACCUGACGCAACCAACCCCUUUGUAACAACCCAACUGGUGGGGUUAGAUGACUGUCAAGUGGCUAGUCUAAUGGAGAAUCAUAAUAGAAGCUGGGAUUUGGAAGUGCUGAAUGAUUUGUUUAACAUCCGUGAUCGAGAUUUGAUUUGUAAGAUCCCUAUUUCUUCAGCUCCUUCUGACUUCUGGUAUUGGUCUCUUAAUCCUUCUGGUGUGUAUAAAGUGAAAGAUGCCUAUAAUUUGUUACACAAGGAAGAUGGUUUACUUUUGUCAGCUGAUGAAAGGAGACUAUGGAAGAUAGCUUGGAACAUCAAUGUCCCACCAAAGGUACUUCAUUUUUUGUGGCGCUCUCUUUCUGAAACUCUUCCCACGAAGGUUCAGCUGGUCUCGAGACAUGUUCCCCUUGAUCUGCGAUGUCUCAUGUGUAAUUUUGAGGAUGAAUCUAUUGUGCACUUGUUGAUAGAAUGCUCUUUUGCCCAAAGUUGUUGGCAUAGAUCAUCCUUAAAUGCGGCGACCUUAUUGGAUGGUAAGAGCACUUCAGCAUCAGAUGUAAUUUUGUCUGCUAGAGUCAACCUUAAUCAAUGGAAAAAUGCUCAAUUGAAAAAGAAGGGUCCUUUAUUUUUGGCUUCGGGUGAAAAUGAAGGAAGUGAGCAUUGGUCUAAACCGGUUACUAAUAAGAUUAAGGUCAACGUAGACGGAGCUAUCUUUGAGGCAGAAGGAUGGUAUGGGACUGGUUUGGUGGCUCGUAAUUGUCAUGGCCACCUUCUUGAAGCUCUUUCUUGUAGUAAACCGGGCUAUUUAGAGGCUGCUGUGGUGGAAGCGAUUGGCAUCAAGGAAGCUCUUAGCUGGAUCAAAGACAAGCAGUGGCAUGAUGUACAGCUGGAAACCGAUUGUCUUGUGGUUGUUCAAGCUGUACACUCUUCAGUUCUUCUACGUUCCCCCUUUGGCGUGGUGAUUCAAGAGUGCAAAGAGUUGCUUGAUUCUUUAAAAUCUGUUCAGAUUCAAUUUGUUAAACGUUCUGCUAACAAGGCUGCCCAUUAUAUGGCUCGCAGCUCUUGUUUUCACUCAGUUCGUAUGUUCACCGAGAGUACUGCUCCGGAUGAUCUUUUAAACAUUGUAACGGUUGAUUCAGUUUGCUAA